AGCCGCCAUUCCCGCGCGGACUCGGCAAAGGAAUCUUUUGUCUCUUGUUCGAACUCCGUCUCGGUCUCUAAACAGCUCGACGCAAUCUACGCACCUCGCUGCCACUGCCGGCUCCAUUGACUGUCUGCGCUGGCACGGCACCAUAUCUCCCAGCACGAUGGUCUCCCCUUUCUGCUGGGGCUGCCUUUCGAGGCUCCGUCCGGGGCCACGAACCAUGUUGCUGCCGCAGCCGUCAACGAUGCCUCGAGCGGCGGCCUUUCACACCUCGACCCCAUUGUACGCUCCGCCGCUGAAGAAGAAGUCCAAGAGUAUGGAAGGACCGGCAAAAUACCGUCAGGCGAAGUCAGCCAGGAUGAAGAAGAAGAAGCAGGUCGACCGUCCUCGUCCGCCAGCUGUCGGUGAGCGGAGGGCGCUUCGCAAGCGCAUUGUCCUGAGCAAUCCCAACGCUCUGGAAGUGCAAGGCAUGCCAGACCUGUCUGUCGAGAAUAUGCUUGAUGCGCGGGUUCGAGGUUCUGUUGUCGGACUGCCCGUGCCCAUGUUGGACCAAUUGAGGGCUGUGCAGGCCUUCAAGCCUACGCAAGGAUGGUCGAUAUUCCGCCGGCCGGGAACCGUCGUGAGACGGGAAACGCUAGAGAUGGGAAGACUAUUCGAGAAGGUCGACAGUGAAGGACCGGACAAGGGUAAGGUGUUCAAGAGGAUCAUUACGGGCAUGAGAGGCACAGGCAAGAGUGUGCAGCUGCUACAAGCCAUGGCUAUGGGCUUCCUGAGGAAGUGGGUUGUCAUUACAGUUCCUGAACCACAGGACCUUGUCAUCGCGCACACUAGUUAUGGCCCUCUUCCUGACUCGAAUCCGGUUCAGUACGUCCAGAACGAUGCCACCGCCGCGCUGCUUUCCCGCACCGUGACUGCCAACGAAAAGGUCCUCUCUGGGCUGCAGAUCUCCCGCGAACACCCUGCCUUGAAGUCGCUCGUCAAGCCCGGAAUGACCCUGACGGAGCUGGCGAAGCUGGGCGUUCAGGAUUCGAGUCUAGCCUGGCCUGCCUUCCAGGCCCUCUGGUCCGAACUCACUGCAACUGCCCCAGGAAAUGUCAACCCUGACAAGUUCAAAGCCCGACCUCCGAUGGUGGUCACGGUUGAUGGUCUUGCGCACUGGAUGCGCGAUUCCCAGUACCGCAGCGCCGAGUUCGAGCCCAUUCACGCUCAUGACCUGGUCUUUGUGAAGCACUUCUUGUCCCUGCUCCAGCCCGGAGGUGCGACUCCAUCCCUGCCUAAUGGUGGUCUUGUCCUCUACGCGACUUCCGCCUCCAACAACCCCACCAUCUACAGCUUCGGCAUCGCUCUCAAGCAGCUGGCUGCUCGUCAAGCUGGUGUGGAUCCUUCGUCUCCGGAGUUCCCUCGCCCGGAUCCUUACGCGAAGAUCGACGAGCGCGUGCUGAAGCUCUUCGACUCUGCGAAGCCCGCUUCUGCCAAAGAGGACGCCCUCCAGCUGCAGACGCUCAAUGGACUCUCGAGAGACGAGGCCAGAGGGUUCAUGGAGUACUUUGCCCGCAGCGGUCUCCUCCGUGAGAGGGUGACGGAGGAGUGGGUUGGUGAGAAGUGGAGUUUGGCCGGUGGAGGUGUCAUCGGAGAAUUGGAGAAGCUAGGUCGCCGCUUGCGAGUAAUGGCCUAAAUGCAACCGCCCAUGGACAUGAAUCCAUAAUGAAGGACUAACGUCGGCCCUACAUUGAGGCCAGCAUAUCACGUCUUCCUUCCUCUUAUCCCUAGAGCACCAUCAUGAGAUCUGUUCGAUUUUCUACGGACUCAUAUUUCUUCGGGUCUUUGGGAUAAGAUGCCUAUUUUUUUCUGUACUUUAAUCUCCUAGCCUUAUGUAGUUUCUCGUCUGUGUGUGUAUCGGUAUUUGUAUACAAUGAAAUCUGGGAAAAGAAGUAUAAAUAGAAUUCUACACGCUGCUCC